CAAAACUGAUGUGUAGACAUAACUAUAUGUGGUUCAGGAAAUUUUCCUCUAUAUAUGGACAGGCACAACAAAGAUAAAACAACUAGGAGAUUGCAAUUCAUGACUAAACCUUCACAGGCUAUGUUGCACGGACUCUCUAGAAUGUUGUUGCAUCCGUGUCGGAUCCUCUAAAAAUACACUAUUUUUGGGUGAUCGACAUGCACCCGACAAUAUUUUCGGAGAGUCCAAGCAACAUCGGUCACAGGUCAGGCCAGAGAAGUUAUGGCACAAAAUUAACUAAAAUGCUUCUUUGUAUGUUGCAUUUCCACAUUUGUCUUUAUAAGAUUAACAUGAGAACAUGAUCUGCUUAUCACUUGCAAGACAAAUCCGAGCAACUUUAAAGCUAGGGUUAUCUAUAAAUAUUCAAUUCAAUAAAACAAUUUCGCAAAAUCGAAUUACACUUCUCCUAUGUGACUCGUCAAAUGCCAAAUAAGGACAAAUAUCACAGGAUUUUAUCAAUGUGAGCUUUUAUCCUCUGCAUCUUGACAUAUUGUAUUACUCACUAUAUGUCGAGCCAGUGUUACAAUUGAACUAAUUUUAUUUUCAGUGGGAUGAUAGAACAUGUUGGUCAUGAGUUUAUGGAUGAAUUCUUUACUUCUUGUGAGUCUGCAUUGGCAGAAGACAGGCUUCUAGUUCUGCAUGAAUUGAAUUAAAGUGAUCCCUUAAUACCGUCCACUUUGUUCACUUUUUCCCUUCAAUUUCAUUCAAUGUUUUGUCGCUCUUGUUUCUUUACGAUGCUUUUCACAAGUUUUGGAUUUCCUUAGUUCAUUUCAAUGGCAGAUGAGAGGUAUGACGACUACAGGCAUCGACAUAGGCUUCAUAAAAGAGUAUAUAUUCCCAGGUGGAUGCUUGCCUACACCAAGUCGAGUAACAUCAGCCAUGGAUGCUGCAUCCAGAAUAUGUGUAGUGCACCUGGAAGAGAUAGGAAUUCACUAUUAUCAAACGCUGAGAUGUUGGCGGAAAAAACUUCUUGAAAAAUCAGAGCCAAAUUCGUGCAUUGGGAUUCGAUGACAAGUUCAUCAGAACUUGGGAAUACUACUUUGAUUACUGUGCUGUUGGAUUCAAAACAUGCACAAUAGGAGAUUAUCAGAUUCAGGUGUUAUCGGUCCUUGUGGCAGUCACUGAUCGAUGUUACAAGAUUGGGAGAUCGUUGAGAUGGUGAGGACACAUACUACCGAUCAGGACGGACAGCCACCAGUUGGGGCCGCGAGGGGCCGAGGUCGUAGUGGAGGCCAUGGUAGAGGUAGAGGUGCAGCUAGGGCAGCACCAACAGAUCCACCAGCUGCCCCGGUUCAGGAUCAGGUUCCCAGUAUAGAUGCCCCGAUAGGACCAGCUCAGGCACCAGCUGUGCCUACAGUUAUUCCAGGUCUUCAGGAGACCUUAGCUCAGAUUCUGACCAUGUGCACCGGCCUUGCUCAGGUGGUCGUUGUUUCUACUACAAUAGCUACUUCUCCGGUCAGGGGAGGAACUCAGAUUCCCGCUGCCCGCACACCCGAGCAGGUUGUUCAGGGACUUCAGACACCGGGGGCACCACCAACCCAACUGGUUGCACCUGCUCAAGAGUAUGUGGUUCCAGUCAUGCCUGAUGAUGAGCAGCAUCGAUUGAAGAGGUUUGGUAGACUUUAGCCUCUAACUUUCAGUGGUAUAGAGGGAAAGAAUGCCCAGGGUUUCUUAGAUAAGUGUCAUAGGAUUCUCCGUACAACAGGUAUUCUGGAGACCAGCGGGGUCUCAUUCAUUACAUUUCAUUUCUCUAGAGCUGCCUUUACUUGGUGGGAGGCUUAUGAGAGAUGUAGGCUUGAGGGUUCAGCGCUCCUUACCUGGUAGCAGUUCUCCGCUCUUUUCCUGGAGAAGUA